AUGUCCUUAGACACUGUUCCCAAAGAUCUUAGAGGUCUGCGUGCCUGUUUAGUGUGCUCAUUGAUCAAGACGUUUGAUCAGUUUGAGUACGAGGGUUGCGAUAAUUGUGAUGAGUUUCUCCGCAUGAAGAAUAAUAAAGACAAUGUUUAUGACUGCACUAGUAAUAACUUUGAUGGAAUGAUAGCUGUUAUGUCCCCUGAAGAUAGUUGGGUAUGCAAGUGGCAGAGAAUAAGUAGAUUCUGCAAAGGCGUUUAUGCAAUUUCUGUAUCAGGACGAUUACCAGCUGGUGUUAUAAGAGAAAUGAAAAGUCGUGGGCUUGUGUACAGGCCAAGAGAUACAAGUCAGAGAUAA